CUAUUUCGUCAGCUAACUCAAUGCAUGAAAUGUAAUUGACAUAUUAGGAGCGUUUGAUAGAUUAAAAUGAUUGUUUAAAAAUGUUGUAGAAGAGUUGUGUCUGCUAUAAUUUUGUCUAAUUUAUUGUACGAUUGACGAAAAAAAGUAAUUCAAAUAAGUGUUAUACGAGAGAUACGAGAAUGCCACCAAAAUGUAAAUUUCAGGAAGGAGAAAAAGUAUUGUGCUUUCAUGGGCCAUUGAUAUACGAAGCCAAGUGUUUGAAGUUCAAUAUUACUAAGGAAAAACAAGUGAAAUAUUUAAUUCACUAUGCUGGCUGGAACAAGAAUUGGGAUGAAUGGGUUCCGGAAAGCAGAGUGCUCAAAUACAAUGAGGCAAAUGUACAAAAACAAAGAGAGGUUCAAAGAGCACAUUCGAAUCAGCAAUCUGCUCAAAAGAACAAAAAAGGAAAUACAACAACUAAAACACAAGGAAGAAGAAGUGAAGGGGGUAGAGAAAAAGAUGCAGAUAGUAGAUCGAGCACUCCUGUUGCUGACAAGAGUAUGAGUCGUUUUAACAAAAGUAAUACAGUGACUCCUUCAUCUUCUCACGAAUCUGUGUCUGAACCUACGCGAAAAAAACGAAGUCGAAUAGAACCAUCUGGAGAUACCGAAGAAUAUCUCACGAAAAUAGAAGUUAAAAUCAAAUUGCCUGAAGAAUUGAAGUUUGUGCUGAUAGAUGAAUCUGAAGUAAUACUAAAACAUCAUAAGUUACCUGCAUUGCCUGUACAAAAUACAGUUGAUAAAAUUUUAGAUGAUUAUGUAGAGGCAAAAUCAUCUGGGAAAUCUAAUGAUGUUAGGGAAGGUACGUUGGAAAUAACGAAAGGCAUUCGGGAAUAUUUUAAUAUGACAUUAGGUCUUCAAUUGCUCUAUAAAUGGGAACGACCACAAUUUAUACAGAUAAUGAAUGACAAUCCGGAAACAUUGCCAAGUCAAUUGUAUGGAGCAUUCCACCUGCUCAGACUAUUUGUGCGACUUGGCAAUAUGUUGUCUUAUACACCUCUGGAUGAAAAAAGCAUACAGUUGUUGCUGUCGCAUUUUCAUGAUUUUUUGCAAUAUUUGCAAAAAAAUAAUACCGAACUCUUCAAUCUUCAACAAGAUUACACAGAUCCAUCACCGGAUUAUCAUCGGAAAUAUGGCUAAAGUCGUUAGUAAAGUUCUUUUGCAAAAUCACUUGUAGUGAACAAAUGAACAACUUGUAUUGCUAUGAAGAAUAUUUUUUUUGACAGUCUCGUCAAGUACGAGAGGCGACGUUAUAUUUAGACCCAUUUAUACCAUACUACACUGCCAUAUAAUGCAUAAUUUUAAAUCUUAAAAAGUUUAAUUUAGCUAUAAUUUUUUAUAAUGUAAUGAUUGCGAAAGAAAAAUUUAGAUAAUCAAAAAUUAUUUACGAUGAAUUGCAUGCAUUUUCACAUACGUGAUACUAGGUUUUAGAUAUCAGAUAUGGGACUAAUAAACUAGAUUUAUUUCAGAUUUU